AAAUGAGCCAACUUCCAGCGCGCGCCCUUUUGUUCGAGCUCAUUUUCCCGCCUCGCUGCAAAAUCAGGCCUGGUAAGAAGAGGGAGUGGCGUUUCGAUCCUCCUUCCACGACCCUUCGCUAAGCGCCCCACUAGCCCCCACAUCCCACGAACUGAAAAGCGGUGAUGGACGAGAGACAGAGAUUGCUCGGAAUCCUUGAAGAGCUGACCGACAAAGAGCUGUCGGCGUUUGUUUUUUUAUUGCCCGAGGCCAUCCCGCGGGCGAAACGCAGCACUGACUCUCGGGUGGAUCUAGCGGAAGUGAUCCUGCAGCACUACCCCGAAAAUGCCUUCGAUGUCCUCGUCGAGGUGUUAAACAAAAUGCCGAGGAGAGAUCUCGUCUUGCAACUUCAGGGCGAACCGAGACGGGCGGCUUCCCGACAUGAUAGGACCGAAGAAGAAAAGGAAGUAGUGGCGGCGCCAGCGGCGGCGGCGGCGGCAGCGCCAGCGGCGGCGGCACCACCCAAGCUGGUUUCAGAAGGACAGCUGAUGAAACUAGCCAAGAAAAUGGGCAAGAACUGGCAGGAGAUUGGCAUUAUGUUCCUGGAUAUGGAAAAGUCACGUCUGGAGCAGUUUGAAGAGGAGAAUUCUAAAAACAUGGCCAUGCAAAUUUUCUCCAUGCUGUGUCAUUGGAGGAACCGUGAGAAGAACAAGGCUACUGUCCACAACCUGUAUAACAUUCUCAGCCAGGAAGGGGUAGAACUUGACCACAGUGUCUAUGGUUUUCUUUUAGAAUAAAAUGCAAUAGAAAAAGUUCACCCAACCCUGCAGAAGAUGAGCCUCAUCAGCAUUCAAUGUUUGCCUCACCACCUGUGGUACUUAAUGUUGUCAUUAAAUACCAAAGUUUCUAUUCAAUAGGAUGCCAUUGUAGGGUUUUGUUUUUUGUCCUAUCAGGAGAAACAAGGUGCUUCAGAACAAGUGCUGGUGCUUUCUUAACUCAGGUACACGUUUUCCUGGAAUUGCUACUGUUGUGAGCCCAGAAAAAGAGAGUCAUUCUUUAAGGAAGUGACAAAGGUGCACAACACGUGACCCCACUUGCUUAAAAGCAUAUUCUUAGCUUUGGAUCUGAAGGGCUGUAAACUACUAGUAAUAACAGUAAUUUGGUAACGCUUUCUAUAUUGGACAAAUUUUUAACUUCUUUUCCAAGUUUUCAUUCCCUUGUUUCAUCUCUGUUGGAGUACCUCCUUUUUUGAUGAACAGGCCUGCAAGUGUUCUUUUCUCUAUUUUUUUCUCCCUUUUUAUUUUCUCCGUUCCAUGCUGAAGUUUUAUUUGCUUUAUAUAAAAUAACAAAGCAAAUCUAAUUCUCUGUCUUCUCUACAUCUGAGUUAUGUGCUAGUCUUGUCUUUUCCUGACUUGAAUCCUCUCCCAUUUAUAAAAAAACCUUUUAGAUAGACAGAUAUUAUAGACAUAUUUUUGUAUGUAUGUAUGUAUAUGUACUGUGUUUCCCCAAAAAUAAGACAGGGUCUUAUUUUCUUUUAACCCCC